AUGGCCGUACUGACCGAGCACUUAUUGUCCCAUUGGGAAGCAAAGUUCCAUGCGGCUUUUGAUGCCUUAUGUGAAGCCUUUUUGUCCCGGAUCGAGUCCUGCCAGAAGAAACUGCCAAUCACCUCAACCGCAAAAGUGGAGGUCUUCAGCGGCAAUCCGGUGCUCUGUUCUUCUUCCAGGCCGAGAGCCAACAUGGGCGAAUGCCCAUCAUCUGUCCACAACCCUGUGAGGAUGCUUGCAGAGCAGAAGUGUUGCAGAACAGCAGCCCUACCAAUAGAACUGGAGGGCUUUAGGCCAUACAGGCACCAGCUCAUACACCGACCUGUGCUUG